CUGGGAUCAAUUACUUGCUGUAGCAGUAAACAAGAUGCAUACCCCUUCUGAGUGGGCUGGGCCCCUCAGGGCUGAAAGGGGCUGAAGGGGGCUGAUACCCCCCUCCUGGAGAAAAUUUCUCCACAAUUGUAUUUUAAUGGCUGACUUACUCUUGUUCAAAUUGCAUUACAGUUUACCCUUACUGAUAUUAUUGAAAAACUAACAAUAACAAUGCCUGUCACUAUCUUCAGUGAUAUUAUUGAAUUGAAAAUUAACAACGAUUAUCAGGCAAAUAUAAUAAUCAUAAUAUCGACUUUUGUUCUGACAGCCUUCAAUAGCUCCAAGAUUCAUCUCUACUUUAAAAAACUGUUUGAGGAUUAUGGCCCCAUCGUUAAGUUUGUCGCCCCGUUCACACCACCGAUGAUAUGUAUAGCCAACCCCUACGACGCCGAGACCGUCAUACGAGCCACAAUGGACAACCCAAUCAGGGACGGCUUCGAGUCCUUCAAGAAGAUUAGACAGGAGGCUGUAGACAAUUAUUUUGAAAACAAAACUGGGAUAUUGACAGAAAAUGGCGAGGAGUGGUGGAGGGUACGCAGACAAGUUCAGACAAGCAUGAUGAAAGUCAAGGAGGUGGUGGCCUACCUGCCUGUCAUGGACCAGAUUUCUUUGGAGUUCAUGGAUAGAAUCGCAUCACUGCAGUCACAGUUCGGGGAGAUGCCAAGUGACUUCCAGAAUGAGAUGUACAAGUGGGCUCUUGAAUCUGUCGGCAGUGUAGCCCUGAAUCGCCGGCUGGGAUGUUUGGAUCCAAACAUCACACCGGACUCGGAACCCAUAAGGAUGAUCAGCCUCGUAAAUGAACUUUUUACUGCUUUGAAUGACGCAGAAUUCAGUGCUCGUCUAUGGGAGGUGUUCCCAACCCCAUCCUUCAGGAAACUCAAGAAGACUCACCAGGAGUUCCUUGUAAUUGCGGACAAAAACAUCCGAGAGACGGAGGCGGCGUUGCUGGCGAAGGAGCCUAGUGAUGACCAGGAACUGACACUGAUGGAGGGACUGCUCCUCAAGCCAGGACUCUCCCGCAAGGACGUGGUCACCCUCAUCCUCGACAUGCUCUUCGCUGGCAUUGAUACAACAUCGCACACUCUGGGUUUCGUACUGUACUUGUUGGCUAGAAACCCGGAGGUGCAGACUAGACUGCAAGAGGAGGUGGAUACUGUGCUCGGGGACCACAAGGGUCCACUCACUCACCAUCACCUGGCCAAGCUCCACUACCUCAAGGCUGUCAUUAAAGAAUCCAUGAGGCUGCUACCUACAGUGCUUGGCAUAACAAGAACUUUGGAUAAGGAACUUGUUAUCAGUGGAUACUUAAUUCCUAAAGGGUGGUCAGUUGUGAUAUUGAGCAUGAUGAUGGGUUGGGAUGAAUCGCUCUUCCCUCAAGCGAAGAAAUUCCUGCCUGAGCGGUGGUUGAGGAACAAGUCUCUCGGCACCAUUCAUCCUUACGCCACAUUUCCCUUCGGCGCUGGCACUAGGAUGUGUAUCGGUCGACGCAUCGCUGAGCAAGAAAUGUACACCUUCCUCGCUAGAGCGAUGCAGCGCUUCACAAUUGAUUACAAGUAUGAAGACAUUGAAGUUGUGUGUCGCCUGGUGUUUUCCUCUGCUACACCACUCAAGUUCAGCGUCACGGAGAGGCGCUGACUCCACUGUAGAGACGCUGACCAACUGCUGUCAGAAACGCUGAUUCAACAACUACGACAUUUUCAAACUUGAAGUGUUAUUUUUUACUCGAUAUUUUUUUUUUAUAAAAUUACUAUGUACUUUUUUUUUGCAUUUAUAAGACGUAUUUGAUUUUUAAUACAUUAUACCUUAUGUAGAUGUGUAUAUGAAAAAACAUCAUUUUAUGUAUGUAUAAGCCUGAAUACUCUGCAAAAUAAAUAAAUUUCAAACUAGGCAUUAUCAGAUAUAACAAAGUUCAUUA